AAAAACAAUAAUAAUAAUAAUUACCCCACCACAAACAACCCCCUCACUACUACUCCCCAUCACCACCAAUAUAUAUAUAUAUAUAUAUACACAUACAAUAAGUACAAGAAUAAACACAACAACAAACACCCUCAACCCAAUAUUUAAAAAAAUGACCACAAAAGCCACCAUCCUAAUCUACACGGGCUCACCCCUCGACUAUCCCGAAUACCGCCACACAGCACUCCACUUCACCUUUGCGAGCGGCACAACCAGCACGAUGCACAUAGUCGGCACGCAGGGUCUGUUCAUCUUCCAAGAAGACGUGGACCUCGAUCCGCAUGAGUUUGGGAGCGAGUUGGCGAAGACGGUGGUCGUCGGGGAGAUCGAUGGGGAUGUGAGUCCGGAGACGAUUCGGCGGGCGGUGUCGGCGACGCCGGUGAGGAAUGGGAGGGAGGAUUUGGAUUGGAAUUGUCAGAAUUGGGUCGGGGAUGCGUUGAUGAUGUUGGUUGAGAGGGGGGUUUUGUCUGCUGCGGUGAGAGAAACGGCGGUUGAUGGGAUGGUGGAGGGGUGUUUGGAGGCUAAGGAUCAGUGAUUUCUCUCUUCUUCUUUUUUUUUCCUUUUUUCUUUUUGCCCUUUUUUUUUGUUUGUGGUCGUGGGGUUGAUUGGAUGUAUAUAUUUAUAUUCCUUGCUAUUGUGGAUUUGUAGGGCUGAAUAUACUAUCCUAACGCUAAUGGUGAUAUGCUUGCAUUACUUGUCUAGAUGGUGUGUGUUCGUUUAGGUUAGUCUGUUUGUCA